GAUCGAAAACCAUCACAUGCCGAGCCGAUCCAUCAUUCCCUCGGCACGGCCUGUGACUCCAUUCAGAUCGAUCCCAAUCCACAGAAACAUCAAUGGCGUCCGUGAAGCUCGCCGCCGCGCUCGCUCUUGUAGCCGUGUGCGCCGCGCUCGCGGCGACGCCGGCCACGGCGUUCCCGCCCGAGAGCUGCGCGACGCAGGGCAGCUACUUCAUCAACUGCCUUCGCCGCGGGUUCGGCGAGAGGUGCUGCGCCAUGGUGGAGAACCCCAGGUGCUUCUGCCAGGUGGAGCGGGAGGCCGAGAUCCGCUGCGUGCCCGGGCGGAGCUGCCCCAGCCGUGGCAUUGCCAAGGUCGUGAAGGUCGCCGAGAUGCACCUCUCCUGCAUGAGGAACCUCAAGUGCAAGCGUGCCUAAGCUUAGCUGCCUCAUUUUUGUAUGUUUUCUCUGCUUCCUCGCGAUGUGCUGGCCGUAACUAUGUGUGGUUUGUUUCGUUUGGGUCGGCGGUAGCUGUGGUACUCUUUGAAUGUUCUUCAUCCGCUCCAUCUUUGGACAAAGGUGGCAUGGUUCUAUCAUGUGAGUUGUUUUAGGUGAUGAAUCUGUGCUAGAUUGUUGUGGGUCAGUUUGUCGUUCGCAGUGUCUUCUUCAAAAUAUGCCUGUUUUUUUAUGAAGUUGUGGGUGCAGUUAACUGAUCUGUAGUUCUGUACUAUGAGUAUCCGAUCUGUGAUUUAAAUCACGCAUGUAGCUGAUAUGUACUAUGAGUGUCAUUCUGUA